AUUUAGUAAAAUGUCAACAAUUUGUGUUGAAUGUAUUUCAAAUCGUACGAAAUAAAACAAAUAAAUUCAAAAUUUGAACAAAAUACAAAAGGAAACAACUUGGACACAGGCCACGCGAGACACGGCAACAAUAACGGGAACAGCAACAACAACAACAGCAGGAGCAGGAGCUGGCGUUGCCAGAGGAGAACACUAGCAAGAGCAGGAGCUGGCGUUGCCAGAGAGUGCCAACUGUGGAUGUUUGCGUGCGUGCGUGCGUGCGUGUGCGUGCGUGUGCGUGUGUGUGUGUGCGCGCAUAUGGAGUGCGCGCGUCUAAGGAUCUAAAGUUUGGCAAUAGCUCAGCUUGCCGCUACCCUUAAUUUACCCAACCCCGCGCCAACAAACAGUUCAAGCAAUUGCGCCCCCCCCCCCCCAUUACCUGCUCCUCGCCCCUUUUGCCCUUGCAUUAAGAAGGAGCAUGAGCAUGUUCUUCAAUCGGAUGCCGCUGCUGAACUGCUUCAGCGGUCCAACCGAAAGCUGCGAGGAGCUGCUGCCACUGAGUGCCGCCAGCAGCAAGGAGCCGGUGAUCAUCAAUGUGUACGAUCUGUUCAAUAUCAAUGAGUAUGUGGUGCCGCUUGGCCUGGGCAUCUUUCACACGGGCGUGCAGGUCUAUGGCACGGAGUAUACAUAUGGCGGGCAUAGCUUCGCCAAUACGGGCAUCUUUGAGAUGCCGCCGCGCAGCGCCGAACAGGAGCUGGGCGAGCAUUUUCAUUAUCGGCAGAGCAUACAGCUGGGCCACACGCAGUUCACGCGCGACGAGGUGCAUCGCAUUGUCGAGCAACUGGGCUGGCAAUUUACGGGCAAUAGCUACCAUCUGACCAACAAUAAUUGCAAUCAUUUCUCGGACGCGAUGGCGCGCAUCUUGUGCGGCCGCCAGAUACCCGGCUGGAUCAAUCGGCUGGCCUAUUUCGUCGGCUGUGUGCCCUUCCUGGAGCGCUGCCUCCCACCCGAGUGGCUAACGCCGAUGUAAUCUUGGUCGGGGGAGGGGGGGGCGGUGCCUCGAUUGUGGGCGGAGACACGGGCACAGGAUGAGACAGAGACAACAGAGCCAGCCCGACGAUUAUUAUUAUUAUUAUUAUUUUGUUGUUUCGUUUCGGUUCGGGUUGGGUUGGGUUGGGCUGGGUUGGUGGGCAGCGCAUCCUGGCGGUGUUGAGCGCGUUUUUGUGUGUUGUUUUAACGAGUAUAUCGAUUGCCCUCAUUGGCCACACAUGUGUGCAUUUACAUAGUUAUUGAAAUACACUUGACGACAUACGCGAUAAAUUCAAUACCACCUACAUAUAUUGAUAGUCUAAAUCUAAUAAAUAGUACUCUCAGAAAUUUA